AUGGGGCGCGCGCCCGCGACCUUGGCCUUGUGCUGCGCCGCCGUGUACCUGCUGCUGGCGGCGGGCGGGGCGGCGGCGCAGCAGCUGACGCCGUUCCAGGGCCGCAAUGCGCCGCCCGAGGGCGGCGUGGACGUGUACGUGUCUGCCAUUGUCGACCACCUCAUCGAGGUGGAUGACAGCAAGUACAAGUUCCAGGCGGUGAUGUACAUGCUGCUGACGUGGCAGGACGAGCGCGCCGCCGCCGCCGUCAACGCCUCCACCAAGGCCGCCCAGUCGGCGGACUAUAACAACGGCGACGGUUGCGCCUACCCCUGCACCACAAUCUACGCCUGGGACAGGAACCCCAACGCCAUCAACCUCUGCUGCGACCUUGUCUUCCUCCCGCACUUUGAGUUCAUCAAUGUGGUGGGCUUCUCCCAGGACCGCGUGGUGCGCUACGGCGUGCGGCUGGGCGAGAACAACUCGGUGGCCUGGUGGCAACACAUCCAGGGCGAGUUCUACACCCCCAUGUCGUUUCGGGCCUUCCCCUUUGACAAGCAGUACCUCAACAUCCAGAUCCAGUACGGGAACAAGUACCCCGAGGACCCGGUCAACAUCAUCCCCAGCGCCAGCGGCACACAGCUCUACACCCCUGCCACGGGCGACGAGCUGAGCGGGUGGACGGUGACGGGCCUGUCGAUGCGCACCUACGACCUGGAAACCCAGAACCUGGUCCGCUCAGGUGGCAGCUCGUAUAGCGCCCCAGGGGACCCGUACCCCAUCAACCCCUCCGACCCCAACCAAGAAGCGUUUGAGGGGUUUCUGUGGCAGCACGGGAUCGACAUCUUUAUCGAGGUGGAGCGCAUCUCCCUCUAUUAUGUCAUCACCGCAAUCAUGCCCAUCUACAUCAACACCUGCCUGAGCCUGCUUGUCUUCUCCGUCAACCCCCGCCACCUGGACACGCGGCUGGGCAUCGUGGUGACGCUGUUCCUGAGCCUGACCGCCCUGCAGUUUGUGCUCGCUGUGGGCCUGCCCUCCAGCGCCACCGUGGUGCCCACGCAGCAACUCAUCAUCGUGGCCUACUGCAUCCUGGCCGGCAUCGGCGUGUUCAGCAUCCUGACCUUCUGGAUGGUGCAGCUGCACCGCAGCAGCGAGCGGCAGCGGCGGCUGAAGCUAGCCAAGCGGCAGUUCACCCGGCGCUGGGCCUCGGUGUCUCAGAGCCUGGGCAUCGCUGCCGCAGCGGUGGCCGCGAUGCAGCAGCGGGAGGCCAGCGGCAACGGCAGCUCGGCCGGCUUGAGGCGGCGCAAGUCGCGGCAGCAGCAGCAGGAGCAGCAGCAGCAGCAGGAGGAGCACGAGGAGGAGGUGGAGGUGCGGCUACCCAGCGCGCUCCGAGUCAGCUUUGCGGCAGCAGCGUCGGCACACGUGGCCGCCACCGGCGAGCAGCCUGCCGGGGCAGCGCCGUCCGCCAUCCACGUCUCACCCUUUGCGUCUGGGCAGCCCGUGGCGGUGGAGGCGGUCGGCGCGCCACAGCUGGCAUGGGCGUGUAUGCGGUUAGCAGCGGCAGCAGCGGCGGCGGCCAGGACAGUGACGCGGGCAGCCACGGCACCUUUGCCAGCGGCAGCCCACGCGGCAGCGGCCUGA